AUGCCCCGUCGCUCAACACUAAGAACGGCCUGCAGGGCCUGUCGUGCGUGUCGGACCAAAUGUGACAGUCGAUUACGCUGCGCCAGAUGCAAAGAAAAGCAACUGGAUUGUAUCUACGAAAACGUGGGCGUGGUAUCCAAAGCAUCACUUCGAGCCGAGAUCCAGGAUCUCAAGGGGAGACUGGAAGAGGCAGACACCCUUCUGGACGCCCUCCUCAACGCCCUCAAGACAGGCAGCAAGCAAACCGGUAUUCGCGAUUUUGCAGACACCAUUAUACGGGGGCUAGACAGGAGAGACACGCGAGGCGCCAUCGUGAAGCUUCUUAACUUUGUUGACGAAGCGGACAAGGCUGUUUAUCCGUCUCCAGCGACAGUGUCUACCGUCGAUCCAGAUUCGGCUAUUGAGAUUUCGGAUGUCGACUCGACGUCUUCAUCCAAGGGCUCGUCGUAUCCAACCCUAUUAUCUCGGCCUGCCACCCGACGAAUAGACAGCGACGAUACAUGCGUAGUAGCAUCGACUAGCAGUAAAACACCUUGCAGCUCCACAGCCACCUCCACUUCGCGCCUCCCUUGCUCGUUUCCCGCUCCGCUAAGCAGUGUGGAAGCUGUGGAACCGACCUUCACUUUGCCAGGAGUUGAGUCUUCCUGCUCCCAGCUGGAUAUCUGGACCAGCUCUGGCUGGACAAAACCAUAUACUCUAAGCUUAAUCACGGCUGUCCUAGAAUGGGAUGCGCUUCCACUAUGCCUCGUUAACAAAGCGCUACUGCUAAGAGAUUUCGAGUCUGGAGCGAGGCAAUACUGCUCUUCUGCAUUAGUGAAUGCUCUCCUCGCGAUAGCCGCGAGGCUGGUUGAGGAAUCACAGAAGCGGGAUAGCGUUCAACUAGAUCUAAGCUUAUGCGCCAGUGAGACCUUUGUGCGAGAGUCCAGCGCACACCUUCAUAGCGAGGGUCCCAUAGUAGAUACUCUCCCUAAUAUCCAGGCUAUCGGUGUACUUGCUCUCUAUGAGGCAAGUUUUGGCCAGGAGGCAAGGGCCGCCAAGCUCGCCGACGAAUAUGCGUCAGCAAUUGCCGACCUCUGCUUUAGCGAACCUACACCACAGCCAGGUAGCGAUUAUAAUCAGGUCCGUGCUGACACCUACCGCGGUGCAAUUUCUCUUCGAAGGUAUGCGCUUCUUAAUUAA